GGUACGGCCGGGUAUCAUCAUCACCAUCAUCUUCCCCAAACCAUCAUCAUUACCAUUAUUCACAUGCGCUCACACGCACGCAUCUAACAUACAAACUCGUCUUUGCCACCUUAGUACGCUACGCUUUUAAUCCCCCACCAAGCGCGCAACUAGGAUUAGCGAAAUUCAUGCGCCGCACCUCACACUGUCUCACGCGGGGGUCCGAUCGUACAGUGAGCCGGGUGAGAUAGAACGUUUUUGGGGGGCUGAGCAGUGCUCGGGCCCCGUAGCCGUUUGGAGACUUUUUCUCCCCUCGGCUCAGUAGCGUGCCGGACGCAAGCUUCUUAGGAUCAACCCUGCUAGCGAGUUUUAGUAGCUUCAACGGGAUCGCUCAGUACAUUUCGAGCACUUCGUGUGCGAGCAGUGCUGCCAGCUGUAACCGUGGUAAGUGGUGAGUAGCGCACUCUCCGAAACGGUCAGUUUCAGAAACUACAACACGCAUUGCGUUUGGCCAGUGCACACAUGGCAAACUCGAUCGAUCCCCACCGAUGCAGCAAUAGACACAGUUGGGGACACAGUUGGGGACACACACACUGGACGCCAGGUUGUGCAUUGUGCAAGAAACCAUCAUCAUCAUCGUCAGCUUGAUCUCCACACCCUAAAUGUGUACGGUUGCUAAUUUUUAGUGUCGUUUAUUAAAGCCGUGCUGCAACUGAGCGGCAGAAAAAAAACAGUGGAAGUGUAAACGAAGGAGUACCCCCAUCUACGGGACUUGGGACACCGCAGUGCGUGGUAAUGAAAGUGCGUCGUUCAAACACAUCGAAUUCACUGUCCGAACUAGGUCGCAACGGUGUAGUGUGCAGUGAGUCCCCGGAACGUACCGACCUGAUCGCUUAGUACAGCCCGUGCCGACGCAUCAAACCACAUACCGAUGAAACAGUUGACAAUCUACGCGUUCGAUAAUCGGUUAAAGGAGCUGGCGGUUCGUCGAGAGUGAGAGCGAGAGUGUGUUUGUUGGUUGCAUGUUUGAGAAACGAAGCGUUUUUAAAAAUGUGCCAUAAUCUUCCUAGUAACUCGUGUCGUUUGGCAGUGCUUCUGCUAACGAUCUUCGUUGGCUGCUUCCCAACGACCGCACACGAGUUCACGAUAGGACCGUGCCAAUUCCAGUACCUAGAACCGUGCACCUCGAAAACGAUCGCAUUCUACGUGUUCUCUAGUGAACAUCCGAAGGAUGGCCCCGUACUGCUCGAUUCGAUCGAUCCGCACGUCCCGGAACACAUCCGGCUCAAUCACACCAACAAGCUGAUCGUACACGGCUAUGGCGGCAGUAUCGAUUUCAACGCGACCAAAAUGAUCCGCAAAGCGUACUUGCGCAAACCAAACACGAACGUCUUCAUCGUCGACUGGGGUAAGCUGUCCCGGCUGCCGUGCUACCCGACGGCCGCCUUCAACACCAAGCAGGCGGGCGAGUGUACCGCCACCUUUCUGAUCGGUCUGCAGGCGAACCAUCCGGAAUUUAGCACCCGGGACCUGCACGCCAUCGGCUUCAGUCUCGGUGCGCACGUGCUCAGCUUCACCAGCAACGCGCUGGAGAAAUCGAUCGGCGUCAGGUUCCGCCGUAUCACGGGUCUCGAUCCAGCGCUGCCAUUCUUUGCCACCGCCCGGCCACACUGGAAGCUGGACCAGGGCGAUGCCGACUUUGUGGACGUGAUCCACACGAACGCGGGCGUGUACGGGAAGAUCGAAACGUGCGGGCAUGUCGAUUUCUACAUGAACGGUGGCCAAAAUCAACCCGGCUGUGAAAACGAUCAAAAUCAACCCCUGUGCAGCCACAUGAUGUCGGCCGCCUACUUUGCCGAAUCGAUCAACAGCAAGCACGGCUUCUGGGCGACACGGUGCACCAGUUACUUUGCAUACUUUUUCGGCUUCUGUAAGUAUCGCGUGGAGCAACAGCAACAGCAGCAGCAGCAGCAAUCGUUGAUUGCCGGUGAAGAUAGCAGCAACGGCAGCAGCAGCAGACAGGAAGAGACCGCGCAACCUGACGUGGCCCUGGGCGAAAACAACCAGGUGCCCGAUAGCAAUCGCAUACUGAUGGGCGAGUACUGUUCGAAUACUGAUAUUCGGUUCUAUCUCUUCACCCGCUCGAAUCCGGACGAUCGACAGUACAUCCACAUUGACGAGACCUGGGAACAGUCUAAUCUGAGCUCGUCGUACUUCAAUCCCUCCCACCCGGUGAAGGUCAUCAUCCAUGGGUACAAUGCGGACAUGUUCCUAACUCCUUUGAUAAACAUGAAAGGAGAGUACUUGUCCCGUGCGAACUACAACCUCUUCUACGUCGAUUGGAGUGAUCUUGCGCAUGGUCCAUGCUACCCGUCCGCCGUCCACAAUACACGCCACGUGGGCAAGUGCAUCGGGCAGCUGGUACAGCGUAUUAUCGAUGCCGGCACGGACAACAUACAUCUGGUUGGGUUUUCUCUGGGUGCACAGGUGACCAACUACGUGUCGACAACGGUACGACCGUUCCGGCUGAAGCGUAUUACGGGGUUGGAUCCAGCGAUGCCCCUGUUCAUUACGGCCGCACCGGACGAUAAGCUAGAUCCUACCGAUGCCGAGUUUGUCGAUGUGAUCCACACGAACGCUUUGGUGCAGGGGAAGAUCGAACGGUGUGGACACGUGGAUUUCUACGUUAAUGGAGGAAUACUGCAGCCUGGUUGUUGGGGGUCCGGACAAAACCCAAUGGCAUGCAGUCAUCAUCGCGCCCCAGACUACUACGCCGAAUCGAUCCGCAGCCUUACCGGCUUCUGGGGCUGGAGCUGCCAAAGCUACGUGUACUAUCUGCUUGGCUUUUGCCCACAGAAUAAUGCGCAAGUCAUCGCCGGGGAAGAUUGUCCCACCGGUACCGAGGGCAUGUUUAUGAUAACGACCAACCCUGCUUCUCCGUUUGCAAUCGGUCGGUGGGCUGGUUUUAGCAUCCCUCAAAAGAAGGAUGCCAUUCUGAACAAGCACGGGCUGAAUCGGGACCCAUUCAUCAGCGAUAUCGAUCAGUGGGGCAAGCUCGAUAGUUCCUUCAACAAUGUGGACCACUUUCCUACCCCUUACUCACAGGAUCCAAACCACCAGGGCUCGCAGGGCGGAGAGGAUGAUGAGUGGCCCUACUUUAACCAUGUCGGAACAAGCGACCUGACCAAGGAACACAUCCGGAAAAUUCUAGAGCAAGACAAAUCACGCUACAGUGGUGGGGCGUUGCCAGCGGUAAAGAGCACCCUGGCCACGACGAUCCUCCCAGCGGUGGCGCUCCCUAGCGACAACGACAUUGACGAUGCGUUCUACCUGCAAGAUUUACGGCGCCGAUUGCAGCAGAAGGAAGCGAGCGUUAUGCAACGCUACACGAUGCCAAUGUUUAAUGCACAUUAGUGCAGUUUC